AUGGAUUUGCUUUGGAAAUCUUUUUUUCAGGUUGCAGAAGAAGAUGAUUUGGGAAAUGUGAAGAGACUCACAAUGCACGAUCUAAUGCAUGAUCUUGCAUGCUCUGCUGCUGGGACUGAGUACUGCAUUGCAAGUCUAGAAGCAGAAAAUGCAGAUGAAAGAACUCGUCACGUGUUAUUUGAAGAUGAAUUAGAUGCUUAUUGGAAAAUUCCAUGCACUUUGCUCAAAGCAAAUAGACUAAGGACAAUAUUUCUUCCGGAUGGCAGCUUGAAUCAAUCCAUUUGCAAUGCACUUAUUUCUAAUUUUAGGUACCUACGCUCUUUGAAUUUGAGUUUCUCAGGUAUUGAGAGGCUACUGCAUUCCAUAGGCAAAUUGAAACAUUUAAGGGGUCUUUAUCUUAUUGGAAAUGAAAAUUUUAAAAAACUGCCUAGUUCUUUGUGUAGGCUACAGAAUUUGCAAACAUUACGUCUUUCUGGUUGCUCGGAUCUUGAAAAAUUACCGAGGAAAACAAGAAGGUUAGUUAGCCUCAGAUAUCUAUAUAUUGAUGGAUGUGAUAGUUUGGCUUACAUGCCACGUGGACUGGGGCAACUAACUUGUCUGGGAACGUUAAAUGAGUUUAUUGUGGGAAAGAGAGGCAAGGGUGCUGGUGAGUUAAGGGAAUUGAAUGGACUGAACAACCUCAAAGGAAAAAUACGUAUUUCUUCUUUAAAAAAUGCUAUUCCAGAGCCUGGAUCUUCUUACUUGAAAGAAAAAUUAAAUUUGAAACACUUGAAAUUGAGCUGGAGAAAUGACGAGAAUGAUGAUGAGGAGGAGGAGGAGGAGGAUGAUGAUGCAAGUAAUGAGAAGUCUGAGUUGGUUUUUGAAGGCCUCCAACCACACCCAAAUCUAGAGAUGCUUGUGGUGUACGGGUAUCCAGGAAGCAAGAUUUCUAGCUGGCUGUCCUCCAUCACCAAUUUAACUCGACUUAUAUUAGAGGAUUGUGUUGAAUGCAAGCAUCUGCCACCACUGCAUCAGCUCUCUUCCCUCAAAUUUCUUAGGUUUUCAGGAUUAAAAGUUUUGGAGAAUGUGUCUGAGAUUGAAAUGCAAAAGGAGUUGUCUUCUUCAAAAUCAACAAAAUUUUUUCCAUCCUUGGAGGAACUCGACCUCAUGAAUUGCCCAAAUCUUAAGGGAUGGUGGAGCGGUGAUGUUGAUGAAGGUUCAAAUGCACAGCUGCCUUACUUUCCUUGCCUUUCAGAUUUGACAAUACGAUGGUGCCCUAAUCUAACCUCUAUGCCGCUGUUUCCUUCUGUUCGGGAGCUGCAUUUGAAUGAAACCAGCUGGAAGCAACUUCAAGAGACAAUGAAAUUGAAGAUGACAACAUCAGAAGAACCAUCAUCUUCUUCACUUUUCCCUCCUUUCUCCAAAUUGACAAAAAUGUGGCUUGUAGAUAUCGAAGAACUAGAUUCUCUGCCAGAGGAGUUUCUACAAAACCUAACUUCUCUUUGGUCUCUGUACAUUGCAAGUUGCAGUAACUUGACAUCAAUGCCAAAGGGGAUGCGCUUUCUCUCCUCUUUACAAGAAUUGAGUAUUUGGGGAUGUCCCCAGCUAUCGGAAAGAUGCCAAAGGCAUAUUGGUGUGGACUGGCCAAAUAUUGCUCACAUUGAAAAUAUUUGUAUUGAUGGACGUGUGAUUUGA